AUGAAGUAUUCUAAUACUUCUUAGCUAAUCGUCAAAAAGUCUGAGCUUCGGGGAAAAGAAGGUUGUUUGUCAGCUUUUGUUGCUUGUCGCAUUCGUUGAGAAUUGUUCUCUCAGUUUGCUUUCAUUUACAUUUCGUCUAAAAAUCUUGUUUAAAGAUGACGAAACUAAAUGGAGUUCUCUCAUUGAUCCUGGUGCUGACUUUUAUUGCGAUGACUGAAGCGGUUACUCCCAUUUUUCUUCAAGCCAUCACUUCAGCUUUAGCCACCAUUCCGUUCAGUGGAGGUCCUAUGACGACUGGAUUAAUUGGAGCCAAGCUGGGCAUUGGAACGAAACUAUUAUAUUACCUGGGGUAUUUUGGUCAAGGAUCAAAAAGAACCUCUCCACCUAAGCCCUCACCUAAGCUACCAAAAGCUAAAAUCACCCCAAAAUUACCCGAAGGGCUACAGCCGCUGCCUCUUCCAUAUGCUUUAUCUGGAGGUGGAGGAUUCCAGCAAAUGGGUGGAGGAUUUGGUGGUCCUGCAAAUUUCCAGCAAAUGCCUUUUGCUGGUUUUGAACCUUCUCAAGUAUUUCAAGCUUUACGAGCUCAAGGAUAUGACGCAAAUACAGCUAUGCAAAUAAUGAAUUAUGGAGCAGGCUAUGGUAUGAAUAGCGGAGCUGGUGGCUUCGGAAUGAAUAUUGGAGGAUUCGGUAUGAAUGCUGGAGGAUUCGCGCCAAAUAUGCCGAACUUUCCGCCUAACAUGGGAAGUGGAGGAUUCGGCCAAAAUAUACCUGGUUUUUCUAACGGUAUGGGUGGUGGAUUUAAUCCAGGAUCCACAGGUUUUCCAGCUGGCACACCUCAAGGAGCAUUUCCUCCUGGAUUUCAGCCAGUCUCUAAUGAAGGUGCAGAUGUAGAAGCUAAUGCGGAUAUUGGAAUGGGCGAAGACGGUCAACCAUCUUCAAAUGCUGAAGGUGAAAGUUCAGAGGAGCCAAAUGACGUCGAAAGCUUCUUUAAAUUCUUGCAAGAUAUGGACGACAAUGGGUGCAUCUCGCGUCUGAUUUGUGAUAUAGGAGCAGAUCCUAAAUUUCUCGGAGAAUUCUCUGAAAAUAUUCAUGGAAUAGUCGGAUCCCUGGAUGUGCAACCUUCUAGUCGAGCCUAUCCAUACGUACAAAUAAUGGAAAGUGGAAAGGAAGGUGGAUGCUCCGCUAAAUUUCCUCAGUGCGGUGAUAUGGCUUAUGGAAUAGUCAAGAGUAUAGCACCAACUGUUGGAAUUCCUCAAGAUAUCAACUUAGAAGCUGUGAACAAUCUUUAAAAACAGAUUUACAAUGCCAUUUGAAAGCGGAGCUUUUAAAAAUUUUUAUUACAAUGCUAUUGUGAACUGAAAUAAA